AUGAGAGUUAUUGUACUGCUGUGUCUGCUGCAUGGUCAGUAUGCCUGGGACGAACCUCAGUAUUCCUGGGAUCCGCCUGACCACAGCGACACAAGAACAUAUGUGGAUCCAGCUCUUAGUGUCUGUCUUUUAGACCAGGGGUCGUGUGGCUGCUGUCUGAUGCAGAAACAAAUGCAGAGAAUGGAGUGGCAUUUUAACAUCACCUAUGCAGAAAUGAUGAAGGAGAUGACAAAAACAAAAAUGACCCUUGACAAUAUGAGAGCCAGCCGCAGUGCCUUCUCCGUCGCUCUUAACAGCGACCAAACGUUGAAGUGCUUUGGCCCUUUCAGUAACGACAAGCUUAUCACGUACAAACAUGUCUUCAUAAACCUGGGAAAUGGCUACAGUGUGCAGACAGGUAUCUUCACUGUUCCCCGCUCGGGCGUCUACAGCCUCUCAGUCACCAUCUACGCCGACGGUUCUUCCAGUGGCACCAUGGCCGCCUGUGCCACACUGCAGGUUAACGGCAAACUGGUUUCUGAGCUCCUCGAACAAAAUGGCCAGGACCUCGAGGACAGUGCCACCCUUGUUGUAGCCAUGAAGCUGAAAGCUGGGGACCAGGUGGCUGUCAACCUGCCACAAGGAUGUGUAAUCUGCGAUCAGAACAGGCAUUAUAACACUUUCACCGGCUUCCUGCUGUAUGCUGACUAAAUAAGCAAAUGUAGCUUUUCUGAACUUUAAACCAGCUCUUGUCCUAUGCUGACAGUUUUUGAAUCUGUUAGAUGAAAUGCAGUCAUGUUUCCUCUAAUCUCUAUCCCGACACAAUGCUGCCUUCCCUUUUUUUGUUUGUUAUAUUCCAUCAUGGUUCAUUAUUCUUCCUGAAAUCAUGUCCCAUUGAUUAUCAGUACUACCUUAAAAAAUACAUUUCUUUUCAUGCCACACUGUUGAAGUAUUUUGUUUGUAAGAGCUGUUGAUCUGAUCUUAUCUGAAAUACUCAAAUGAUGUGUUGUAAAUUUUGAUAGAAUUGUGGAUUUUAAAAAAUCAUUGUACCUGAAACCUACCAGCAAAAUAAACCAGACUUUUAAACAAACUAAUUGCAUUCUGAGUUACUUUGUUUCAAUAUCUGUUAAAAAAAUUAAGA